AUGGCGGAUCCGGAAGGAGAGUCACUGGAGUCAUGGCUGAACAAAGCCACAAAUCCAUCCAACAGACAAGAGGAGUGGGAGUACAUCAUUGGGUUCUGUGAUCAAAUCAAUAAGGAACUUGAGGGCCCACAGAUAUCUGUCCGGUUAUUAGCACAUAAAAUCCAGUCACCACAAGAAUGGGAGUCAUUACAAGCACUAACGGUUUUGGAAGCUUGCAUGAAGAACUGUGGGGGAAGGUUUCAUAAUGAAGUUGGAAAAUUUCGAUUUUUAAAUGAACUCAUAAAAUUAGUUUCACCUAAGUAUUUGGGAGACAGAGUAUCUGAAAGAGUGAAGACUAAAGUAAUAGAGCUGCUCUACAACUGCUCAGUUGCUUUACCAGAUGAGGCAAAAAUCGCAGAAGCCUAUCACAUGCUAAAGAAGCAAGGCAUUGUAACAAAAGACCCAGAAGUUCAUGUGGAUAGGACCCUUAUUCCUUCGCCAAAGACCAAAAAUCCAGUGUUUGACAAUGAAGAAAAGAGUAAGCGUCUUGCAGAACUUCUUAAGAGUAAGAAACCAGAGGAUCUUCAAGAAGCCAACCGCAUCAUCAAGAACAUGGUCAAAGAGGAUGAGGCUUUACAGCAAAAAGUUUCCAAUCGUGUCAGCACCCUAGAGAAGGUGAACAACAGUGUGAAGCUCCUUAAUGAGAUGCUAAGCCAUUUCAAAACGGAUGAGUCAACACAAGAAGACAAAGAACUUUUAAAGGACCUUUAUAAUGACUGUGACAACCUUAGAACUGCUGUCUUCAGACUCGCCACCGAGACAGAGGAUGAUGACAGUGCCUUAGGUGAUAUUUUGCACGCUAGUGAUGAUCUCUCACGAGUAAUCAACUCCUAUAAGAAGAUUGUUGAAGGACAGACCAUUGUGAUUGACGUACCAGCAUCAACACCCUCAGGAUGUAUCAAUGACAGAAGCUCUUCUGAGAUCUUGAUUGAUUUAGCAGAUUUGGGAUCAGGAACUCCUUCACCCCUCCGCCAUGGCUUGACUCCACCUCAGCACUCAGAUUCUCCAGCAGCUGACCUUCUCACUCUUACGUCUUUAAUGGGAGCUCAACCUUCCUCUUCCAACACGUCAUCAGGAUCCUCAAGUUUCCAAACCAGUCCUCCAUCAAGCCAGCUUCCCAGCAGUCUGUCUCUUUUAGAUGAAGAACUUGGCUCUUUUGGCCUUGGUAGUCUGGAUUCAAACUCAAGGACAUCUGCAGAAAAGACUACAAAGGAAGCUCAAAGCAAUCAGUGGAUUUCUUCACAAAUUUCAAAUCCAGUGACUGACUUCCUCUGCAGCUCUACUCCCUUAAAUCCUCCUAACUCAGCAGCACCACCUACAUCUAAAACUACCUCAAUAACUGACUUUGAAAACUCUCUCCAACAGAGCUUCAAAGAUCUUGUGCUGCUGGACCUGGACAAGACUAAAAG